AUACAAGAGCUGGGAGGCGGCUCCAGCGUGGACCUUGGGAAGCCCAGCUGCCCGCCCGCGAGCCAGCCUAGCCUCCGCGGCCCGCCGAGGCUCAGAGCGAUCCGGAGACCCGGCGAGCGGCCUCAGGCCCCGCCAUGGGGAAGACCAACAGCAAGCUGGCCCCGGAGGUGCUGGAGGACCUGGUUCAGAACACGGAGUUCAGCGAGCAGGAGCUGAAGCAGUGGUACAAGGGCUUCCUGAAGGACUGCCCCAGCGGCAUCCUCAACCUGGAGGAGUUCCAGCAGCUCUACAUCAAGUUCUUCCCCUACGGCGACGCCUCCAAAUUUGCUCAGCACGCCUUCCGCACCUUCGACAAGAAUGGCGAUGGCACCAUUGACUUCCGGGAGUUCAUCUGCGCCCUGUCGGUCACCUCCCGCGGCAGCUUUGAGCAAAAGCUCAACUGGGCCUUUGAGAUGUACGACCUGGACGGCGACGGGCGCAUCACGCGCCUGGAGAUGCUGGAGAUCAUCGAGGCUAUCUAUAAGAUGGUGGGCACCGUGAUCAUGAUGCGCAUGAACCAGGAUGGGCUCACACCCCAGCAGCGCGUGGACAAGAUUUUCAAGAAGAUGGACCAGGAUAAGGACGACCAUAUUACACUGGAGGAGUUCAAGGAGGCAGCCAAAAGCGACCCAUCCAUUGUGUUGCUGCUGCAGUGUGAUAUGCAGAAGUAGAGGCUGGUGAGGGGGCAGGACCCCUGGCCAAGAGGGGCAUGCCAUCUCCCAACCUGGUGACCUCUCUGGCUGGCCCUUCCCCAGGGAAAGGGAUACUCCAGCCUCACUUUCUGGCCCACUCACUCCUCUGCCCAAGCCCUUCUUCCCCAGUCAGGUUCCUUGAAGGAUCACCUUACCCCCCAAAAGAAACAGGUCCUCGGGUGUAUUGUUAUCUAGCCUCACCCCUAGCCUUGGCCCAGAACCAACAUCAGUUGGGCACAGGGGAGUUGGCUUUGCCCUAUGAGGCUUGGUUAAGGAGGGGUGCUGGGGUACUCUUUGAAAUUUUAUUGUUUCUGGGCUUAUGCUUUAUAAAAUGUGGGUCCCACAGGCCCCAGUCAAAGGGUCAGAUUGGAUCUGUCCUUUCCGAAGGACCCAGAUUCCUUAAAGGUAGUCUCUACCCUACCCCCUCAACUCUACCUGACCCCUCUGGCCCCAGUCCUUUCUUCCCCUGAUGUUUAUUGAACAUUUGUUCAGUGCCAUGCACCUUUAGGUGCUAAGAAUAUGGUAGUUUACAAGACACAGUCUGUACCCUCUGAAAGCUCCUAGCUGGCAAUGGGGCAUCCUUCAGUGGUCAGGGUCUCAAACAGGAGUGUCAGACAUAUCUGAGGAGAGGUACAGGAAUGCCGGCUAGCUUGAGAGGAGCUGUUGCAUCUUCUAACUAGCUCCAUCCAAAGCUGCAGAAGGCUGAAAUGAAAAGCACUUAGAUGUUUAGGAGCCAUGUGAGUGGAAGUUUUAAGGAAAAUGAAAAUUUAUGUAAUACUUAUUUUUUUAGUACCCUUUAAAAGAGCUAAAGUCAUUUUAUUGGGUUAGGAUAUUAAAGAUACUCUAUAUUA